UUCUUGACAGAUGGUGCAGCAGCCAGUCUAUUGAUGAGUGAAGAAAAGGCGCUGGAAAUGGGAUUCAAACCAUUGGCCUAUUUGAGAGAUUGGUCCUUCAAGGCGUGUGAUCCCUUUGAAGAACUUCUCUUGGGACCUACGUAUUGUUCACAAGAAGUACUCUCCCGCAUGGGACUCAACAUGGAAGCAGACAUUGGUGUCUUUGAGAUCCAUGAAGCCUUUGCCGGACAGAUUCUAUCCAACUUGACUGCCAUGGACAGUCAAAAAUUUGCCGAUGACAAGUUUGGUGGAAAAAAGGUUGGAAAGGUCGAUUUCGACAAGAUGAACACCAAAGGAGGAUCGCUCUCCAUUGGGCAUCCCUUUGGGGCCACUGGAUCGAGGCUCGUUACCACGGCAUCGCGUCGGCUCCAAGAAGAAAACCAACGCUUUGCAUUGGUGGCGGCUUGUGCAGAUGGUGGAAUGGGGCAUGCCUGCGUACUAGAGCGUUAUGAUAACUAG